AUGACCAUCCAUCAGACGACAGCCUGGAGUGACUCCAUGACAACUAUAGCGUGGAUAGCAGGAGACCCAGCCAGAUGGAAGACAUUUGUGGCCAACCGCGUAGCAGAGAUCAACUCGACAUUAUCCGCAGUGAACUGGAGACACAUUCCUACGGACGAAAAUCCGGCCGAUCUACUGAGCCGUGGGGUCACCCCUAUGUCACUAGCGAGCACUCCUUUAUGGUGGAGUGGUCCUACUUGGAGGCCCGAGGACUCAAUCGAACUCCAGCCAGACAAUCUGCCCUCAACAGUGCAGCGCCUCAUCGACAAGGAAAGGAGACUGUCAGCAGUGACUUCAACGCACGUCAUCGAGUUCAAUUCAUUGCUAGACGGAAUGCUCAGCCGGUACUCUUCCUACAUACGGCUGAUACGAGUAACUGCCUGGAUUCUUCGCUUCGGCACCAACUGCCAACGAAACCGAACAGACAGGAGAAUCGGGCCACUGCAGCCAACUGAAUUGCACACAGCGCGAGAUAUACUUGUUCGCCAUGUCCAGCAUCAAUACUAUCCAGGCGAAAUUGCAGCAUUAACAGCUGGAAAAGUACUUCCAAAUAGCAGCAAACUAUGGCCGCUAACUCCAUUCCUAGAUGGCAACCUUCUCAGGGUGGGCGGCAGGCUGGCACGGUCAAACAUCAAUUACGACUGUAAGCAUCCAAUACUUUUGCCAGCAAAAAGUACUUUGACCGAACUGAUCCUGCGGCACGAACAUCUCAGCAAUCACCAUCUUGGACCGGAAGCACUGUUAGCAAGCAUUCGAAGGUGCUUUUGGUUUCCACAAGGACGAAGAGCAGCACGGAAUGUUGUAUGGAAAUGCAUUCCUUGUUUCAAGGCUAAUCCUAAUCGGGGAAUGCUGGAACAAAUAAUGGGUCAGCUCCCACCACAACGUCUGGAAGCUGCCCCGCCAUUCUACAUAUGCGGAUUGGACUACGGUGGACCCAUCACCCUGAUUCAGAGACGUGGACCUGGCUCACCAACAACCAAAGGCUACAUCUGCGUUUUUGUAUGCUUUACGACGCGAGCAGUCCACUUAGAAGCUGUAAGCAGCUUAUCUACAAGAGCUUUCUUGGCUGCGCUUCGGCGAUUCAUCGCUCGCAGAGGUCACUGUGGACACAUCCACAGUGACAACGGAACAAACUUUGUGGGUGCUGCGAGAGAAAUUCGAGAAUGGUACAAAAGGAGAGCUUCGGACGAACACAACACUCAGGUCGCCAACUAUCUAUCGAUGGGUGGUACGCAAUGGCAUUUCAACGCGCCAGCAUCGCCACACAUGGGUGGUCUUUGGGAGGCAGCGAUAAAAUCAGCGAAACGACACCUAAAAAUCAUUACCGGUAACGCAAAACUAACGUUCGAAGAAUUCAGCACAUUCGAUCCAAAUGACCUGCAACCAUUGACGCCCGCACACUUCAUCAUUGGACGACCACUCACAGCACCCAAUCAUAGCGAGUACAUCCCAACAGCCGAUAAAAGCUACGAAGUACGCUACAAAUAUUUGCAUGAGCUACGGAAACACUUUUGGGAUCGCUGGAGUCGCGAAUACCUUCCCGAAUUGCAGCGCAAAAAUAAGUGGCAUCAACCAAGUAACAAUCUGCAAAUAGGUGAUUUGGUUCUCGUUCGACGGCAGAAACUACCCACACAGCAGUGGGCACUCGGAAGAGUUCUGCAGCUGAAACCCGCACCAGAUGGAAAGCCGCGACUGGUUACGCUAAAGAUGAGAGACAGCGAAAUCGUUCAAUCAGUCCACAAUCUCAGUAAGCUACCACUUCAACAGGAAAAUUGA